AAAUCCAGGCCGAUUCUGCCCUGGGUUGCCUGUGCACGGGGAAGAUGCGUUGACUGACUCGGGGUGGACGGUGGCCUUGUCACCAGGAGCGAACCGGAUCAGAGCUUAUCUCUCCCAGAUCAUGAUAAAUCCCGCAAGAAAGACCCACGGCGCAAGAAUCCCCGGUGGGAGCAAAGCCUGGAAACACUUGGAUGGGGAAGGGAAGAGGGCCAGAGCGUGGGAAAGGAGGAAGAGGAGGUGCGGAGAGAGAGGGUCGAAGAGGAGUUGUCCGUAUUAUUAUUCUUCUUCUUCUCUUCUCUCCAGCCAGCUAGCCAGCCAGCCCCGAAAGGACGGCGCCGCGGAAUGCAGAUGGCACAAGACAGUGAACCCUCCCAGCCAAUUUCCAGUCUCCGGGGUCACUUCUGGCUGCUGCAAUUUCUCCCUCCUGUCGGCGGGGUUCUACAAUUCUGAUCGCCAUUAUCCCACUCCUACAUCCAUGUCGUCGCCGCCGCCGAACUACUUCGGAUGCGGCAUAAAUCACCCACCUCUCGCUCCGUUUUUCACCAAUGAGAAUCUGGAUGCUUCGGUGCAUCGUCUCUUCGUCAAUCACCGUCUAUCGGCUCGAAUUUAUUCUGACUUAUUGUACAUUUAACCCUGAACACGGUGUGAUAUCAAGUUGGUCCGGCGAACCGGAAACCUGCACCCCCGACUGAUUGUGGUGGGCAUCUAGAGUGGAAAUCAAGGAGAAGUAUCUUGCAAAGAACGUAUAGCCAAGACAUGCUUCAAAUGGGCAGCUCGCUUGAACAUUCAGGCAUAAUCAGAGAAGGAAGAAAGGGGUAUGUAAGCGUAAACGUUCAGACGC